AUUAUGAAUUAUUAACAAAUGCACAAAAAAACAAACACACACAAUAAUUAUUUUUAUUACAUGAAUGUCUCUUUUGAAUAAAUUAAUCGGUCGCCUUUAAAUCGAUCAGUUUCCAAAGCUCUGUACUCAUUUCCAAAAGCCAAUCGUUUCAAAGAAUUCAAAGACAAACCGUAACUAUGCAUUUUGUUCAUCCUUAGAUGUCCUAACACAUACAAUAUCCCCUCGAUGAUGAGCAAACGUAGUGCUGGAAUAGGAUAUGGAUAAAAGUCAAAUUUUAUCCAGGAAAGCAUAACCCCAGGACCCAACAAUUACGAAAUUAGGACUACUCUUAAUGUAAACAACGGCUGGACUAUGCCAGUUGGUCGAGAUGUAUGCAUCAUUGACUUCAUCUUAGAAAGGUAAUAAGUAUGAAGGUAUCUUCAUUGGCCUUAUACAAAAAACUCCUGGGCCUGGGGAAUACGAACACAAAGACACCAAAUCUCCAAUCAAGUACACAAUAAGAAUGAGAACGGAGAGUCACAAAGACAAGGAUAGAAAACCAGGACCGUAAGUCUAAUUGAUAAUUUAGGGGUGAGUAUAAUUUGCCUGCAGCAAUCAAUGAAACUGGAAAAUAUAAAAUUAGCAAAUUUAGAGAGUAAAACAAUUCUUUAAUCUAGUUCUGGAGCUAUUAUACUUUCACCUCAAAAUUCUAAAAGCUUACGUUUUUCACCAGCCAAGGAACUCUCACCAGGUCCUGGAGACUAUGCUCAUUUAGGAGACAUUGAUCCGAAAGGGUUGUAUUAUUGUUCCAAGUUUGCAGAUACAAAAUCUACGAUAUUUACAAGGGCUAAGAGAGAGUUGACUAAAAUUCGAGCUUAAUCUCCAGGACCUGGAGCCUAUAGAUUGCCUUCAGAAUUUGGGUAUUUAGAUAAAUUAUGUUAGUCACUAUGAAAAACCGAAUAAAUGA